CCUUCUUGCUUUUCUUGACAAUGAACAAAAACUUAUCAGACAUAAUAAACAUCAUGAACACAUAAAGGUAAUAAACAAUACAAACACAUACACAAAAUACAGACCCAAGGACUCUACAACAAUCCACACCACCCAUCACAAAAUCAGUAAUCAAAUAUAACUGAAUGAAAAUAACAGAAACUAUAUUUCACAAUAAAAACAAACAUUAUAACUCAACCAAUAAACUAAUGCCAUGUGCAGUCAAAAGCAAGAACAAAUACAUGUAAGUUAAACAAACAGUGAAGCCUUAAAUACAUAAAAAGAAAUAACAGAUGUGAGUUAAGUAACUUAUUCCAAUCUGGUGUUUUACAUGUAAUUUGUUUGGAAGAUCACAGGAAUAUGAAUAAUACUUGAAUAAUAAUAUUUGAAUGUGAAUAAUAUUUUCCUAACAAAUUCUAAGGGUGUCAGUGAUCUGGCAUGAAAGAAAUCUUAGAAGCUGUGACAACUAGAUUUAAUAACUACUGCAUAAGCAUAAUGCCAGGCGACAUGACCAAAUAGAGCAGGAUGCAUGUGAUAGGCUCCCAUCACUCUAUAUAAAAGGCACAGCAAACCUCCACCAGCCACAGGCACCCAGCAAAGGUAUGUUUCCUAAUGGCUCAGAUGUGUUUUGAAUCCUUUAGCUUCUCAAAUACAAGAAAUUACUGCCAGGCAUCAUUUGGAUCAAGUCAAUAGUUGUUUAAAACAUAAAAGAUAACAUAAAUAUGAAUACAAUACAAUUUAAUGUUUAUUAGCAUAAUGACAAUCUCUUUUACUAAUUUUUAAACCAAAGUAUGACAGUGUUAACUCAAAAGCUACCUUUGUGAAUCUUACUCUAUGCUCCUCUUUUCAGAAGUCUGCACCAAAGUCUGACAGAAAAGCCCCUGCUCACCUGGUGUGCUCCAAGGUAAAUUAGGCUGCGUAUUUGUCCUGGAGAACAAUUCAAUGUGACAUACAGUAUAAUUACUAGUGUAUGUGUAAGCCUACUACACAUGUAAAGGUUGUUUUCUAUGAACAUCACAACUUUUUUGGUACAAAUCUAAGUUCUGGCUUGUGAGUAACCACUAUACCUGUAUCUUAAUCAUAGACCAUUCAGUGGCUACAUGAAUAAUAGCUAUUAUGGAAAUCACUAUUGCAUCGGUCUAUGUAUUUGCUAGCAUUAAAAAAAAUAACUAUUAUCUUGUUUCCUCAUUUACAGUAAAAGGUCAUCAUGGAUGGAGAAAUGGAGUGUUAUGGUCCGGCGGCCAUUUACCUCCGGAAGCCAGAGAGAGAGAGGAUUGAAGCUCAAAACACUCCCUUUGAUGCUAAAACAGCUUACUUUGUGUCUGAGCCCAAAGAAAUGUACCUCAAGGGGAAACUUGUCAAGCGAGAGGGCGGGAAAGCCACCGUGGAGACUCUCUGUGGAAAGACUCUCACUGUUAAAGAGGAUGAAAUCUUCCCCAUGAACCCUCCGAAGUUUGAUAAGAUUGAGGACAUGGCCAUGAUGACCCACCUCAGUGAGCCUUCUGUGCUGUUUAACCUCAAAGAGCGCUAUGCAGCAUGGAUGAUCUAUACCUACUCUGGGCUGUUCUGCGUCACUGUGAACCCCUACAAGUGGCUCCCAGUGUAUGAUGCAGUGGUUGUAGCAGGAUACAGAGGCAAAAAGAGGGUGGAGGCUCCACCCCACAUCUUCUCCAUCUCUGAUAAUGCCUAUCAGUUCAUGCUCCAAGACAGAGAAAACCAGUCAAUCCUGAUUACCGGAGAAUCUGGUGCGGGAAAGACUGUCAACACCAAACGUGUCAUCCAGUACUUUGCGACAAUCGCAGUGGCUGGAGCAAAGAAAGCUGAGCCAGCUGCUGGAAAACUGAAGGGGUCACUGGAAGACCAAAUCAUUGCAGCCAACCCACUGUUGGAAGCUUAUGGUAAUGCCAAGACUGUGAGGAAUGACAACUCUUCACGUUUUGGAAAAUUUAUCAGGAUUCAAUUUGGGUCAACUGGAAAGCUGGCUUCAGCUGAUAUUGAAACAUAUCUGCUGGAGAAGUCUCGAGUGACAUUCCAGCUGUCCGCUGAGAGGAGCUUCCACAUCUUCUAUCAGCUCACAACAGGCCACAAACCUGAGCUGAUAGAGGCUCUGCUGAUCACCACCAACCCUUACGACUAUCCCAUGAUUAGUCAUGGUGAAAUCACUGUCAAGAGUAUCGAUGACGUUGAAGAAUUCAUUGCUACUGAUACUGCCAUUGACAUCCUGGGCUUCACUGCAGAAGAGAAGUCAAGCAUGUACAAGCUGACUGGAGCUGUGAUGCAUCAUGGAAACAUGAAGUUCAAGCAGAAGCAGCGUGAAGAGCAGGCUGAGCCUGACGGCAGUGAGGUGGCAGAUAAAAUUGCCUACCUCAUGGGUCUGAACUCUGCUGAUCUGCUCAAAGCACUAUGCUACCCCAGAGUGAAGGUUGGAAAUGAGUAUGUGACCAAAGGUCAAACUGUCCCUCAGGUCCACAAUAAUGUCAUGGCUCUCUGCAAGUCCGUCUAUGAGAAAAUGUUCUUGUGGAUGGUCGUCAGAAUCAAUGAGAUGCUGGAUACCAAGCAGUCCAGAAGUUUUUUCAUUGGUGUCCUGGAUAUUGCUGGGUUUGAAAUUUUUGAUUUCAACACCUUGGAGCAGCUUUGCAUCAACUUCACCAAUGAAAAACUGCAACAGUUUUUCAACCACCAUAUGUUUGUCCUGGAGCAAGAAGAGUACAAGAAAGAGGGAAUUGAAUGGGAGUUCAUUGACUUUGGUAUGGACUUGGCUGCCUGCAUUGAGCUUAUUGAGAAGCCAAUGGGCAUCUUCUCCAUCCUUGAAGAGGAGUGCAUUGUCCCCAAGGCAACAGACAUGACCUUCAAGAACAAACUCUAUGAUCAGCAUCUUGGUAAAAGUGCACCCUUCCAGAAACCGAGAAUUGGCAAAGGUAAAGCUGAGGCCCAUUUCUCCCUGACGCACUAUGCUGGCACAGUGGACUACAAUGUCGUUGGUUGGCUAGACAAGAACAAAGACCCCCUGAACGACUCAGUGGUUCAGCUUUAUCAGAAGUCUUCAGUCAAACUGCUAGCUCACCUCUAUGCAGCACAUGCCGGAGACGCUGAGGCUGGAGGCAAAAAAGGUGGCAAGAAAAAGGGUGGGUCUUUCCAGACAGUAUCUGCCAUGUUCAGGGAGAAUUUAGGCAAGCUGAUGACCAACUUGAGGAGCACUCAUCCUCAUUUUGUACGUUGCUUGAUUCCAAAUGAGUCAAAGACUCCAGGCCUUAUGGAGAACUUCCUGGUGAUCCAUCAGCUGAGGUGUAAUGGUGUGCUGGAAGGUAUCAGGAUCUGCAGGAAAGGUUUCCCCAGCAGAAUCCUCUAUGGUGACUUCAAGCAGAGGUACAAAGUACUGAAUGCCAGCGUCAUCCCUGAGGGGCAAUUCAUGGACAACAAAAAGGCCUCAGAGAAACUCUUGACCUCUAUUGAUGUUGAUCAUACGCAGUACAAAUUUGGACACACAAAGGUGUUCUUCAAAGCUGGUUUGCUGGGACUCUUGGAGGAGAUGCGAGAUGACAAGCUUGCUAUCUUGGUCACAAUGACUCAGGCUCUCUGCAGAGGUUACGUCAUGAGGAAGGAGUUUGUCAAGAUGAUGGCAAGGAGGGAAGCCAUUUACUCCAUCCAGUACAAUAUUCGUUCAUUCAUGAAUGUCAAAACCUGGCCAUGGAUGAAGCUGUACUUCAAGGUUAAGCCUCUUCUGAAGAGUGCAGAAGCUGAGAAAGAGAUGGCUCAAAUGAAAGAGGACUUUGAAAAGACCAAAGAGGAGCUAGCAAAGGCUCUGGCUAAGAAGAAAGAACUGGAGGAGAAGAUGGUCUCUCUCCUGCAGGAGAAAAAUGACCUGCAGCUGCAAAUUCAGUCUGAAGGUGACAACCUUGCUGAUGCCGAGGAAAGGUGUGAUGGGCUCAUUAAAGCAAAAAUCCAGCUUGAGGCCAAAGUCAAAGAGACUUCUGAGAGACUGGAGGAUGAGGAGGAAAUCAAUGCUGAGCUGACUGCGAAGAAGAGGAAGCUGGAGGAUGAGUGCUCUGAGUUGAAGAAAGACAUUGACGACUUGGAGCUCACCCUGGCCAAAGUGGAAAAGGAGAAACAUGCCACUGAGAACAAGGUUAAAAACCUGGUGGAAGAAAUGGCUUCUCUUGAUGAGACUGUUGCCAAGUUGACCAAAGAGAAGAAAGCCCUCCAAGAGGCCCAUCAGCAGACCCUUGAUGAUCUUCAGGCAGAGGAAGACAAAGUCAACACUCUGACAAAGUCCAAAAGCAAACUAGAGCAGCAAGUAGACGAUCUUGAAGGCUCGCUGGAGCAAGAGAAGAAACUUCGUAUGGAUCUUGAACGAGCUAAAAGAAAGCUUGAAGGGGAUCUGAAACUCGCCCAGGAAACCAUCAUGGAUCUGGAGAAUGACAAGCAGCAGUCUGACGAGAAAAUAAAGAAGUGA